GUUCCCGUCCGCUGCUUCUCCUCCGUCCGUCGACCGCCCCCUGCUACAGCCCCUUGGCGGGAGGAAGACGCCGCUGACCCGCCAUGUUCCUCGCACUAGUGGUGACGCCAGAGCUGAGGCAGUUCCUGGCCAGGGCAAGAGGUGGAGCAGUGCGCCUCAUCAAGGUGCGCAUCCAAGACGAGCAGCUGGUGCUGGGGGCCUACAGAGAGCCGGAGCAGAGCUGGGACCAGGACUACGACCACUUCCUGCUUCCUCUCCUGGACGACCAGGAGCCCUGCUACAUCCUGUACCGCCUCGACUCCCAGAAUGCACAGGGCUACGAGUGGAUCUUCAUCUCGUGGUCUCCGGACCAGUCUCCGGUUAAGCAGAAGAUGCUGUACGCUGCCACCCGGGCCACAGUGAAGAAAGAGUUUGGUGGAGGCCACGUGAAGUACGAGAUGUUUGGCACGGCUGAGGAGGACAUCUGCUUGCUGGGCUACCAGCGCCAUGUGUCGUCCUGCUCAGGUCCUGCCCCGCUCACACUCGCUGAGCAAGAGCUGCAAAGGAUCAAGAUCUCUGAGGGCCGCGUUAAACAGGUGAAGGCAGAGAUCAGUGUUGACACGAAGCACCAGACGCUCCAGGGCCUGGCCUUCCCUCUGCAGGAGACGGCCAGGAGAGCUCUACAGCAGCUGGCCCAAAAACGCAUCAACUACAUACAGCUGAGGCUGGAUGUGGAGAAGGAAACGAUCGAGCUGGUUCACGCUAAUCCAACAGAAACCCGAGAUUUGCCCCGCAGAGUUCCCAAAGACACUCCCAGAUACCACUUCUUCCUCUACAAACACUCCCACGAAGGAGACUACCUGGAAUCUGUCGUGUUCAUAUACUCCAUGCCCGGGUACAGCUGCAGCAUUAAGGAGCGAAUGCUGUAUUCCAGCUGCAAGAGUCGACUACUGGAGGAAGUGGAGAAAGAUUACCAUUUGGAAAUCGCUAAAAAGUUGGAGAUCGACGACGGAGACGAGCUGACAGAAGACUUUCUGUACGACGAGGUCCAUCCCAAGCAACACGCCCACAAACAGGCCUUUGCGAAGCCCCGGGGCCCUGCAGGAAAACGGGGGCACAAGCGCCUGAUUAAGGGGACGGGAGAGGCUGUACAGGACAGCUAGAGGUGGACAGUUGUGUCUGCAGCUUCUGGCCUUCCUCCCCAUUUCUCCGACGCCACGACCGCCUCGUUAGGCCCGGAGGAACCAGCACAGCGAGGGCUUUCCUCUGCUGUUUGUGACACUUGUGAUAUUUAACAAAUGUGUUGAUAAAUUCUCUUCAGUCUGUCUCUCUUGGUGAGGUUUGGGCAACGUUUUUGUUGGGCAACAAAUCAGGCAAAUAAAUAUAAAGGAAUCAGGCCGAAGCACAGACAGACGGCCUCGUUAUUGUUCUAAAGAGAAUCUGUUCCUCCGCUGUGUAAAAUAAAUCUGCAGUUUACAAGAUAAUCGACCGGUACUGAACUGUAACGUCCCAGACAGCUGCUUCAGGCCUCACAUCCAGCCUGCAGCACAGGUUUUGUAUCAACAGUGUUUGUAAUAAAAAAGAAAAAAACAAUAUCAAAGGAAAUUCCAAAUAAAAUUGUGUUUCUACUGUG